UCUAAGCUUUUUUUCUUUUCUUAAAACAAAAAAACCCUCUGUGCGCGGUAGAUAUAUUUGGUUAUUUUACUAUAUAUGGCAGAAAUAACAAGUGUUCAAAAUCCAGGAUUCAAAUGCUUUCCUGAGUUCAAUGUCUCUCCCAUCCGCAAGCUUGGAGCGGAGUUCAUUGGGACAUUCAUAAUGAUAUUUGCGGCAGCAGGCGCCCCCAUUGUGAACCAAAAAUACAACGGAGCCGAAAUGCUGAUCGGUAACGCGACAAGCGCGGCGCUGGCGGUGAUGGUGGUUAUUUUCUCGACGGGCCACAUCUCCGGGGCUCACCUAAACCCUGCCGUCACCAUCGCAUUUGCUGCGCUCCGGCACUUCCCUUGGUCCCAAGUUGUCCCUUACAUAGUGGUUCAGGUUUUAGCUUCCAUCUCCGCCUCUUUCGCUCUCAAGGGUGUCUUUCAUCCCUUCAUGUCCGGCGGGGUUACGGUCCCUGCAGUGAGCCAUGGCCACGCUUUUGCCCUAGAGUUCAUCGUCACCUUCAUUCUCAUGUUUAUUAUUACUGCUGUGGCCACAGACACUCGUGCGGUGGGAGAAUUGGCCGGUAUAGCGAUUGGAGCUACUGUUCUACUCGACAAUCUCAUCGCAGGACCAACAACAGGUGCCUCAAUGAAUCCUGUAAGGACUCUGGGUCCGGCAAUUGCGGCUGGGAAUUACAAAGGAGUGUGGAUUUACAUGGUGGCACCACCACUUGGAGCCUUAGCCGGGGCAGCCACCUACACAGCAGUAAAGCUUUCAGACAAGAAACCACCAAAUCAGGUCACAUACUAUGAGCUGGUAUUGAUCUCUCAAAGGAAAAGAAAAAAAAAAAGCAAAUAAAUAAACACAGAGAGUUUGUGAUAAAAGAAAAGCAAGUAUACCUAAUUAUCGGUUCAAGAUUACUUAUGCCCACCUCUCUGGUGCUAAAACCAUUCUCUACAGGCAAACAAUACAUGAAAUAUGAGAAGAAACUGAGAAGAAAGAUGUACCGAUGCAACCAACAAAUUAAGCCACAGUUCUCAAGUGGUCACUCUCAACCAAUAAAUGCUCUCUAUGUUGUCUUCGUUUUCACAAAGUCAAUCUUUUUUCUCCUAUUUGGUAAAUUUGGUUGUCUUAUUUAUU